AUGUCGCACAAAACCAUUGUCUCGGUAGCCUGUGUCGGCUCAGCCGCCGCCAUCAUCAUCUCCCUGAUCUGUUCAGCCAUGAUCUUCAAUGACAUCAACGAUCUGUACGAUGAAAUCAUGGACGAUAUGUCAGAGUUCCGUGCCGUCUCUAACGACGCCUGGACUGGAUUGGUCCGCCGUCAACCCAAGAUGGAAAAGUCUGAAUUCAUUGGACUCAUCGGCCGUAACAAACGCCAAGCUGGAUGUGCUUGUGCUCGCCAAGCUCAGAACUGCCCACCUGGCCCACAAGGACCACCUGGAACUCCAGGAUUGCCCGGAAACGAUGGUGAACCAGGAAGACCAGGCCGCGGAGGAUCUCCAGGAGUGGGAAUCGUUGGUGACGUUGCUCCAGGCGGUUGCAUCAGAUGCCCAGCUGGACCACGCGGCCCACCCGGACCACCAGGACCUCUCGGACAACCAGGACGUAUCGGAGGCCCAGGACAGCCAGGCCGCAAGGGACAAGACGGACACGCUGGACCUCAAGGACCAUCCGGAAAUUCAGGACCUUCCGGCCAACCAGGACACCCAGGAGGACCAGGACAACCCGGCCGUCCAGGAAAGCGCGGACAUGGACUUCCAGGACCAAAGGGACCACGUGGAGGACCAGGACAACCAGGGUCCGCCGGUCACCCAGGCCAAUCUUUGGGAAGACCUCAACCAGGACCACCAGGCCCACAAGGACCACGCGGUCAACCAGGACAGCCAGGAGGUGCCGGUCAGCCAGGUUUGCCAGGAAACGAUGGACGUCCAGGAAAGGAUGCCGCCUACUGUCCAUGCCCUGCCCGUGCCGGAUCCUCACCAGUUAGCGGUGGAUCUCAGGGUGGCUAUAACGCUGCUCCACCAGCUCCACAACCAGCUUCAGGCUACCGUCGCCGUGCUGCUGCCAGACGCUUUGCCAACCGUCGUCUUGCUGCUGUCCGCGCUGUCAAGGCUUAA